GAGAUUUGCGCGCGCGCCGGAGCAGUGGUCGCUGGUGUUGGUGGUGGCAGCAGCAGCCUGUCUCUAGUGCCGCCUGGACCUCCUUCACCGCUGGGUGCCAGUGCCCCUCUUCCGCCGGGGAAUUUAUUGUGACAAGAAGGAUUUACGAGCACAGUAAAGUAAUUAGUGUGAUCAAUUCAGGUGGACGCUAGUGUCAUCAAGUGCCGUAAAUUGGCUAUCAAAAUGUAAAGUGUGUGCACUGUUGGUGCACACUCCACAAACACUAGUACUACUGCUCUUGGAAAGUAUCUGCAAUGGUUAUCAUGAAGGACUCAAAUGUUAUUGACUUGAGUGACACUGAAGUGGGAACGAGCGUGAUUGUUAGGACUUCGGAGUCCAACGGCAGUGCCCCGCCGCCCGCAGCAGGUGCGGCGCUGGCUGCUGCUGCAGCGGCAGCGGCGACAGGGUCGGGUGCGGGCGGCGGGAUGAACAACAACAUGAAGGACAACGAUACCGUCAUCACCAAGCCUGAGAGACCCACCGUUACGUUUGACCCCAACCCCACCAUCCACCUCACCAACUCAGACGGGUCGCCCGUGAAGUCCAUGCAGAAAGAUGGUGUUAAGAAAGUUGAAAACGUAACCACGUCCAAGGGUGGUGUUGCUCCCUCCAUCACUAAUGCCCAACAGGCAGCGGUAACACAGCAGGCAACUGCUGCACAGCAAUCCAAACCCGACGAGCCUUCUGACUGCUACCUCAAAGACCUGUACUCACAGGUCACCUCCGUUGUUGCUUCCAAACCCGAUGAACGAGAGAAUAUCAAUGAGGAGGAAUGUGAGGAUCCAGCCGCCGUACCUAUGAUCUGGGUCAGUAAGUGGGUGGAUUACAGUGACAAAUAUGGCCUUGGCUACCAGUUGUGUGACGAGUCAAUUGGUGUACUUUUCAACGAUUUUACCAAGCUGCUGCUACUAGCUGAUGGAGAAAAUAUUCACUACAUUGAGAGGUCAAGUGCUGAACACUACCACCAGCUAAAGAAUUACCCAGCAGCACUAAACAAGAAAGUAACGCUGCUUCGUUAUUUCCGAAACUACAUGAACGAGCACUUAGUAAAAGCAGCAGCUUCUAUGUGUCCUCGAGAGGGUGAUGAGCUAGCCCGUAUUCCCUCUCUAAGAACAUACUUUAGGACACGCUCAGCUAUUAUUCUUCAUUUGACAAAUGGCACGCUACAGAUCAACUUCUUUGAGGACCACACCAAGAUAAUACUGUGUCCACUGAUGGGUGCUGUAACCUACAUUGAUGAAAAAAGGAACUUUAGAACCUAUAGGCUAGCCAGUCUUGAGAAGUAUGGAUGUCGCCCUGAUCUGGCUAACCGGUUACGGUAUGCCCGGAAUAUGAUACAAAAGUUCCUGGUGACGAAAUCUUCAACGACUAAGCCCUCCUCUGCCUCCUCUUCCUCCUCCACAACUUCUACUACUCAGCAUGCCCCAACACCUACUGCUUGAAUAGCUGUGCUACAUUUGUACACUGAAACACUGAUCUUGUGCUCUCUUCACCAGUAAACUCACAAACUUCUACUUGUGACAUGCAGUUAAAAAUUUAUAAUGCUAUUGCCACAUUAUUGGAUGUCAGAUCAUAUUCAAAUUGAAUGAAAAAUGAAGUGUCCAUGUUUAACAACAAGACACGUCUAUUUCAAGAAGACUGGGUGAGAAAUUAUUUUGUAAAUUUGUAAUAAAGUCAGCAGCAUAAGGGUUACCUAUGGAUAACUUAUUUUGAAUCAGCUGUAGAGUAAAUCUUUGAUUUCUCUUCAUAUGUCAUUUACAAUAGAGUACUGUAUUUUUUUUACUGCAGCUUGAAAGAGUGGUUACUUUUGAUAUACUCCUAGUCUGUGUCCAGUGCUUGGUAACUAAAGUAAUCUAAUAAUUCAAAGCUGGUGCCAUAAAGUUAUUAAUGAUACAGUGACAUCAGUAUUUGUCCCAGUAAUUGUUUAACAAUAAAUGAUAAAUUUGGUGGAAUGAUUUAAUAAGGGAAGUACAGUAUACAUAUACUGUACAUCAUAUGUAUACUUUAUACAGUAUAUUAAAUACAAGUAUUAUUUAAAGUUAAUGAUUAUAUUAUUUCAAGGGGGGGUUACUGUCAUUGAUAAGUAGACACCACAUCAUAACAAGUAACACAAUGAAUUUACUAAUUGAGAAACCAAAUUUGGUUCAAGGUGUUAAAUACUCAUUUAUUGUUGCAUACUCAGAGCUGGAUGUUUUCACAACCAAGAAACCCUCGACUAGCUAACCCUUUUCUGCUAAAUGAUAUAUGUGCUACCAAAAAUAAUAGGACAGAGUACUGUAACUUUUUAUUUUUUGUUUUAUUUUUAGCACUGAAAUAAACAAAGACACAAAGAAUCACAAUAUUUCAUGCUACAAGUUAUAAUUUCCAGUGGGGGCACCACACUGAAGCAGUUUCUUGUCUUAUGUUUUAAUUAUUUCCUAUCAAGUACGGACUCUUAAUUUUAAUACUUUACUUUUAUUUAUGGGAAUAUGAAAUGGUUGGAUAUAAGAAAAUCUUCCAAGAAUGACCAACUUCUUGGAAGUGGUGUGAGUUAUGUAGGCUAUAUUUUCUAACAGUAAUAUUUUUUAUUUCAAGCCUGGAGUGGGAAAAUUAUUGAGGUUUGGUUACGUGACUUAAAUUUGGUGACAGUUGGGCAUAUAUCCCAAAAUGAUAACAUGAUAAACUAUACUGUAUUCUUAUCUUUACCUGUACUGUAGUCAAUAUAACAAUGAAUGUAAAUAUAAUUAGUAGGUGGUAAUGUGUUUUGUACUCCCUAAUUGCAACAUACAUACUGGCUGUACUGACGAAGAUAGUCUUUGCUGUUAUUCAUCAUUUAGGUAUAGUAUCCUGGAAGUGUUUCCCAUACAAGUUUGUGAGCAGCAUUUGUAGGUCAUAUUUUAGUCAUUAUAUUAUCAUUUUCAUUCAUCCCAUUUUUAGUAUGUGUGAUGAGUUUCUAUAUACUGUACUGUAUUUUUGUGUUUUAAUUUUAUUUUUGCCUCAUAUAUUCCUAUCUCGCCAAUUUACAGCAGUGUGAUACAUAAGUGUAAAUAGUCCGUGCGGUAAUAUAAAUAAAGUAUGUAUAACUAA